AUUUAUAUUUAUCAACAUACCUAACUAAAACGUAAGGAGCAAGUUGAUUCUCACCAUGGCUUCCCCUUUGCUUCCCCUUCUCUUCUGCUCAAUGAUUCUGUUACCCUUUGUUCUAGCCCAAACCAAAAGCGUUAUGGUCAUUGGUGACUCUCACACUGCAACAACCAGCACCUCCCCAUGGUUGGUUUCAUCACCUUCCGGUGACUUUGCCUUUGGCUUCCUCCCACUUGAGGACACUCCCAACACUUUCAUACUUUGCAUUUGGUAUGCAAAGAUUCCAGACAAGACCAUAGUUUGGUUUGCCAAUAGGGACAAGCCUGCCCCAAAGGACUCAAAAGUGGUGCUUUCUGCUGAUGAUGGGUUGGUCCUCACUGCUCCAAAUGGUGAUCAGUUAUGGACUUCUGAGGGCCUUAGUGUUAAAGUUUCUAGUGGUGUUUUUAAUGACACUGGCAACUUGAUGCUUAAGGAUAGUGGCUCAAACAGUGCUUGGGAGAGUUUCAAGGAUUACAGAGACACCUUGCUGCCCUAUCAGACUCUGGGAAGUGAUCAGAAGCUUUCUUCUAGGCUUAAGGAGAAUGAUUUCAACCUGGGCAGGUUUGAGUUAUUGUUUCAAAAUGAUGGUAACCUUGUGAUGCACUCUAUAAAUUUGCCAUCUGAGUAUGCUAAUGAGAAUUACUAUGAAAGUGGAACCAUUGCGUCCAACACUUCAAGUGCUGGAACUCAAUUGGUUUUUGAUGGAUUAGGAGGGUUGUAUAUUUUGAGAGAGAACAAAGAAAAAUUCAACUUUUCAGAAGGGGGUGGUAGAGUUUCUACCACCCAAUUUUACCUAAGAGCAACUCUUAAUUUUGAUGGGGUGUUCACACUCUAUCAACAUCCAAAGGGUUCUUCUGGAAGUGGAGGUUGGACCCCAGUGUGGUCUAAACCAGAUAAUAUCUGUAAGGCUAAUAUGGUUGAUAAAGGUAGUGGGGUUUGUGGAUACAAUAGCAUUUGCAGUUUAAGAGAUGAUAACAGGCCAACAUGUAAGUGCCCAAAAUGGUACUCACUGGUUGAUCCUAAUGAUCCCAAUGGUAGCUGCGAACCAGAUUUUGUACAAGCAUGUGUUGGAGAUGAACUUAGAGAGGAUCUCUAUGAUUUUGAGGUGUUGAUAGAUACUGAUUGGCCUUUGUCAGAUUAUGUUCUUCAAAAGCCCUUCACUGAAGACCAAUGCAGACAAUCUUGUAAGGAAGAUUGCAUGUGUUCUGUUGCCAUUUUCAGGCUAGGUGACAGCUGCUGGAAGAAGAAGUUGCCACUUUCAAAUGGUAGAGUUGAUACCACACUUAAUGGUGCAAAGGCCUUCAUGAAAGUGAGGAAAGACAACUCAUCAUUGCUUAAUCCUCCGAUCAUUGUGAAGAAGAAGGACAGGAGCACUUUGAUUUUGGUUGGCUCGGUGCUUUUGGGUGGUUCUGCUUGUCUCAAUCUCAUAUUUGUUGGAGCAAUCUGCUUGAGCACUUCCUAUGUUCUUCAGUACAAGAAGAAGCUUAGAAGUGUUGGCAAAAUUGACACUACAGUGGAAACCAAUUUGCGUUGCUUCACCUAUGAGGAACUUGAGGAAGCCACCAAUGGCUUUGACAAAGUGCUAGGAAAGGGAGCUUUUGGUGUUGUGUAUGAAGGAGUCAUCAACAUGAGUUCCGUUACUCGCGUGGCAGUAAAAAAGCUGAACACUUUUCUCUUGGAAGAUGUUCAGAAGGAAUUCAAGAAUGAGCUGAAAGUCAUUGGCUUCACUCACCAUAGGAACUUGGUUCGUUUACUUGGAUUCUGCGAGACUGAAUCAGAAAGGUUGCUGGUUUAUGAGUUCAUGAGCAAUGGCACUUUAGCAAGUCUUCUUUUCAAUGUGGAGAAACCAAGUUGGAAACUGAGGCAACAAAUUGCAAAUGGGGUUGCUAGAGGACUUGUAUAUUUGCAUGAAGAGUGCAGCACACAGAUCAUCCAUUGUGACAUAAAGCCUCAAAACAUACUCCUUGAUGAUUACCAUAUUGCAAGAAUUUCUGACUUUGGAUUGGCCAAGCUUUUGAACAUGAACCAAACCAGAACCAACACUGCCAUAAGGGGAACAAAAGGGUAUGUUGCAAUUGAAUGGUUCAAAAACAUGCCAAUCACGGCUAAAGUGGAUGUCUAUAGUUAUGGGGUGAUGUUGCUUGAGAUAGUUUCAUGCAGAAAAAGUGUACAGUUUGAGGAAGAAGAUGAAGAAAAAGCAAUCCUAACCGAUUGGGCUUAUGACUGCUAUAAUGAAGGUGCUCUUCAUGCCUUGGUUGAGGAUGACAAAGAGGCAUUGGAUGACAUGAAUACCUUGGAGAAGUUGGUAAUGAUAGCCCUUUGGUGUGUGCAAGAGGAUCCUGAUCUUAGACCAACCAUGAGAAAUGUGACACAGAUGCUUGAAGGUGUUGUUGAAGUGAAAGUGCCACCAUGCCCCUCACUAAUUAGCAUUCAAUAUUCCCUAAAUUAAUCAGUUGGUUCUAAUCCUAGCUGUGGUAUCUAGACGCUAGUGUAACUUGUAAAAAUUGCAUUUAUGUAUGUGUAUCCAUUUGAUUUAUGUUCCUUCUGCAUUAACAUUUGGGGAUUUAGAUCAAUUGAACUUUUGUAUUAACUAGCUUAGUGACCCAGUUAUGUUAUGGAUUUUGAGUAUAUGUGAGUAAAUUUAAUAAAAACACCCAUGCAAUGAUGCAAAAGAAA